AUGUGGAGGCGCAUGAUAGCGGAACAGGAGCGGCAAGAGCAGGGGAGCAGGGGCAGGAGCAGCGCCUACUGCACUACUAAGCACAGUGACGGUGACGGUGACGGCAACAGUGACACCCGAUCGUCAUUGCUGCAGGGGCCAGGGCUGAUCUCGUCCGAUCCCAUCCCAUCUCUCUCAACUCCAACGACGACCUCGGGAGCUAGCAGGCAGGGUAGGCAAAUGGCCGACGACCAUGUCCUCGAAAAGGUGCACGCCCUGAGCGACGUCGAGCUGGCCUGCCUACUGUCGCUCAUCAGCAACGAGCACUGCAUCGUCAGCACCCCCGCCGACUGCCUCCACGACCUCGUCACAGAGCUGCAGCUCAUCACCGACCGCACCUUCGGGCUCAAGUCUGCCGUCGUCGAGUGCACCCCAAAUACCACCCUCGACGACUUUGCCAGCUCCCUGCUGCUCCAACCACACGCCUCCAGUCCCACCACCAUCCGCUCGCACUCGCCCUACCUUUCACGAAGCGCCCACGACAGCUACUUUCCCGCCGGCCAUGUCUCCUUCACCCAUGCUCCUGGCCGGCUUGGCCAACCAGCCAUUGCGCCCCUGACGCCCCAGACCCCAGGGCCCUCGCACAGCCAGAUAGCCAACAUCAUCCUGGCCAAGAACCUCGACAAGGCCCCCAAGGCAGUGCAGAUACAGGCCCUCGAGCUUCUACGGACGAAGCGCAUCUUUACGAGAACGUCCGUUCAGACAGCGCCCAAGACAUUUAUGCUGGUGGCAGUCCUAGGCGCAGACAGCGGCGGCGAGGCGAGGGUGACGCAGCACCUGAACGACUUCUUCUACGUCGCGCACUGGGUAGAUCCGGACGAGGAAGGGUUCGCCCACCUAGACGGGGACGACGCAUCCUCCAUCUCAUAUACCGACGACGGCGGGGGCGACGACCAGGCCAGCAUCGCCAGCACGGCCAGUGUUGUCAAGCGACGCAGCCGCGGCAGCACCAACGACCUCCUGUACCGCAGCAGCCCGAAGCCCCUCGCCAUACCAUCCAACACCAACACUGCUACUGACAACAAGCCACCCGCAUUCCCCGCCGCCGACAUUUCCCACCUCCGCCAGCUAUCCCUCCGCACCGCCAUCGACAUCGACGUGCUACGCUACCAGAUGAAUAUCAUCUCCUUCCUACGCAUGCAUCGCGCCGUCGCAGGCGGAAUCACCCCGCAGGCAACGCGGCAUCUCGAGCAGCUGGUCAAGACCCUUGCACCCCUACAUGGGCUCGAGUACGUCACCCCAGCCCUGGUGGGCGUCGCCGCUCGCAAGGUGUACCUGCACCGCAUCAAGAUGGUCGAGCCCGCCAAGGAGAGGAGCAUGCAGUGGGGUAGCGAGCUCGGCGCCAUCGAACGGCUGCUCAAGGACUGGGGGCCUGAGGACGUUGUUGAGGAGGUUCUUGCGGUUGUCUCUGCGCCUGUAUAA